AUGAGUGGCCAGCAGCAGCAGCAGUCUGCCUCAGGUGCGGGGAAGCACAGGUGUGAAGGCAGGAAUCAACAGGAGGCGGGCAGCUCCAGCCACAGAGAAGCCAAGUUUGAGUGUCAUCAGCUGUGCGACAAAACUUUUAAACAUAAAAGUAGGCUGAGGUACCACACCCUGGCACACAGCAGUGUCACGGAUUAUGAGUGGGAAGAGUGUGGGAAAAAAAAAUUACCACAAUCUGACCUCAAGAAACAUACCCUAAGGCCUAAGACACAGUACGUGGUGUUGGAAAUUAUGGGUGUGAAGAGUAAUUAUGAGUGUGAAGAGUGUGGGAAGAAAUUUGCCCUGAAGAGUAACCUCACCAGACAAACACAGAUACACAGUGGCAUCAGGAAUUAUGAGUGUGAAGAGUGUGGGAAGAAAUUUCCUACAAAGUGUGAUCUCAACAAACACACCCUGAGGCACAGAGGUGUCAGGAAUUAUGAGUGUGAAGAGCGUGGAAAGAAAUUUGCCACAAAUUAUGAGCUCAACGAACACACCCUGACACACAGUGGUGUCAGGAAUCAUGAGUGUGAAAAGUCAGGCAAAAGAUUUCCUAUUAUUGAUGCCCGCAACAAACACGCCUUCAGACAUACUGGCUUGAGGGAGUUCAAGUUGGAACCAGACUAUAGUCAGGGUGUUGGCUGUACCUCUCCGCGCUUUGCCACCUCAACCCCGGAGCGACCCGGUCACCAGGGCACGGCCUGGGUGACUUAUUAA